AUAUUAAAAUAUAACAAAUUUAACUUGACAGGAAUUAUGAAUUACUUUACAAUAUUAUGCUUGAAACAAUCUACAAUUUCAAAUAAAUAUUGGUUGGAAAAAUAUUUAAAACAAUAUUUAAUUUAUCAUGCAAAAAUAUAUUCUACUGGAAUUACUAAUUAUCAUAAAAAUUAUAUUAAGAAGGAAAAUAUUAGUAGAAAAAAACAUAAUAUUUCAAAAACAAUGCUUCAAGGUAUCAAACAAACUAAACGCAAAGUAGAAAUAAUUAUUGAGAAAGAAAAUAUUUGGACAGUACCAAAUUUUCUUUGUAUGAGCAGAAUUUUAACAUCCCCAUACUUAAGUUACUUAAUUUUAUCACAAGAUUAUCAGAUAGCAUUGUGGUUAUUAGUAUUUGCAGGAUUUAGUGAUCUAGCUGAUGGAUGGAUUGCACGUACAUGGUCAUCACAAGCUUCUAAGCUUGGUACUUUUCUAGAUCCAGUUGCAGAUAAAUUACUUGUAGGUACACUAUUCCUAUCUUUGGCUUGGGUAGGAUUGGUUCCUAUUCCUUUAACAUGUCUUGUUAUUACACGAGAUAUUGUCUUGAUAUCUGCUGCUUCAUACAUAAGAUAUAAAUCUUUACCUUCUCCAAAAACUUUUGCAAGAUAUUUUAAUCCUACAUAUGCAACAGCACAAUUAGCUCCAACAUCCAUAAGUAAAAUCAAUACUGCUAUUCAAUUAUCUUUUGUUGCUGGAACAUUGGCUGCACCUAUAUUUCAUUUUGUAAAUCAUCCAAUUUUAAUAGCUUCCUGUUACAUAACAGCAUUAACGACAUUAGCAGGAGGUUUAAGUUAUUUAAUAUCAAAAAAUACAUAUAAAUUCUUAAGAAAAAAAACUUCAUCAAAAACAUCUUUUUAAGCAUAUAUGUUAAUAAUCAUAACAAUAAACUAAUGUAUAUAAAUUUAUUAUUUACUUUAUUUAAA